AUCUGCUGCUGGGCUCCUCAUGCCUUCCUGCUUCCCACCAGGUCUCCCAGCAGGGUACCUGCAGGAUGGCGAGAUGGCUGCCUCGCUCCACGGACUUGACCCGCUUCUGCCAGAAACUCAACAGAGUGAAGACCUUGGAGGCCGACAUGAUGGAGACGUCCUUCAACAGGUGCCUUUCCACCAUCGACUUGACGCUGCUGGGCAUCGGGGGCAUGGUGGGCUCUGGGCUUUAUGUCCUCACGGGCACCGUGGCCAAGGAGAUCGCCGGCCCCGCCGUCAUCGUCUCCUUCAUCAUUGCUGGCUUCGCCUCCCUCCUGGCUGCUCUCUGCUACGCUGAGUUUGGGGCCCGGGUGCCCAAGACGGGCUCUGCCUACAUGUUCACCUACGUGUCCGUGGGUGAGAUUUGGGCUUUUCUCAUCGGCUGGAACGUGCUGUUGGAGUACAUGAUCGGGGGCGCAGCGGUGGCCAGGGCCUGGAGCGGUUACCUGGACUCCAUCUUCAACCACAAAAUUAAGAACUUCACCGAGACCCACGUUGGCACCUGGCAGGUGCCUUUCCUGGCCCACUACCCUGACUUCCUGGCGGCUGCCAUCUUGCUGGUGGCCACCGCCUUCAUCUCCUUUGGGGCCAAAGUGUCCUCCUGGCUCAACCACGUCUUCUCGGCCGUCAGCAUGGGCGUCAUCCUCUUCAUUCUCAUCAUGGGCUUCGUUCUUGCGCAGCCCAAGAACUGGAGUGCCCAGGAGGGAGGCUUUGCCCCCUAUGGGCUGUCGGGCAUCAUGGCUGGCACGGCCACCUGCUUCUACGCCUUUGUGGGCUUCGAUGUCAUCGCAGCCUCCAGCGAAGAAGCCAGGAACCCGCAGAAGGCCGUCCCCAGGGCCAUUGCAUUCUCCUUGGGGUUGGCCACCGGUGCUUACAUCCUCGUGUCCAUGGUGCUGACGCUGAUGGUGCCCUGGCACACGUUGGAUCCCGACUCUGCCCUGGCUGACGCUUUCUACAGGAGGGGCUAUUCCUGGGCAGGAUUCCUGGUGGCUGCCGGCUCCAUCUGCGCGAUGAACACGGUCCUGCUGAGCAACCUCUUCUCCCUGCCACGCAUCGUCUACGCCAUGGCCGAGGACGGGCUCUUCUUCCAGGUGUUCUCCCGGGUGCACCCGCGCACACAGGUGCCCGUCAUCGGCAUCGUGGUCUUUGGGCUGCUCAUGGCCCUGUUGGCCCUCGUCUUUGACCUGGAGGCUCUGGUGCAGUUCCUGUCCAUUGGCACGCUGCUGGCCUACACCUUCGUGGCCGCCAGCAUCAUCGUGCUGCGCUUCCAGCAGCAGAAGGCGGAUGGCCCCACGCAGCCGGCCGGCAGCCAGCCCAACCCUGAGCAGCGUGAGGGCAUCGCUGCCCCCGAGCUGAAGGAGUACGAGUCCUUCUCCGACAAGCUGCAGCUGGUGGGGAGUGACAAGAGCAAGGAGCACCGUGAGCCAGGGCAGCUGAAGGCAGCCUUCGAGCCCUACCUGGAGUUUCUCAGUGACUUCUACCCGGGCGAGGUGGUCACGGUGGCUGUGGUGACCCUGAUGGUGUCUGCUGUCUGCCUUUGCUCCAUCUUGGUGUUUGGCAACACCCACCUCCACCUGCCCACCUGGAGCUACUCCCUGCUGCUCGUCCUCUUCAGCCUGGGCUUCGUGCUCAGCCUCCUCCUCAUCUGGGCACACGAGCAGCAGCGCAGCACCCAGACCUUCCAGAUCCCUCUGGUUCCCCUGUCCCCAGCACUGAGCAUUGUCCUCAACAUCUAUCUCAUGCUGAAGCUCAGCUACAUGACGUGGCUCCGCUUUGCUAUUUGGCUCAUCCUUGGCCUGCUCGUCUACUUUGGCUACGGCAUCUGGCACAGCAAGGAGAACCUACGGGAGUCACGACCGCAGCGUGUCAGCGCCCGCUACGUGGUGUUCCCCAGUGGCAGCCUGGAGGAGACGGUGCAGGCAGUGCAGCCCAGCCCUCAGCCUGCCGCCGGGCUGCCAGACACCGACACCACUGAGGUCAAGAGAUGACGCCCAUGGGAGGGGGCUCUG